AUGAUAUGGACUGAAGCUCUGAUUCAGGAUCGUCUCAUUGUGUUUGACUUCAAACCAAGACUCAGAAUGUGGUUACGUCUGACACCAGAGCCAGCUCUUUUUUACGUCAAUCGAGAAUCAAGAUAUUAUGCUUCCAAAUACUACAAACAAUUCUUGUGCCGUCCACAAAAUACGGCAUCGAAGACACAAACCACACAUUUGAACCCUGAUAGGGAUAUUUGCUAUUUUCUUACUCCGACUGGAAUAUCACCAGUCAACGAAAAAAUGUUCAAUACAAUGUGUACAUUUCUAGAUGAUAACUGCAUUCCUUAUUGUGCUGGAGUUCGACCAAGACGAUGGGCCUUCGAUGUAAAGGUCCUCAUAUCACGCGGAGCGUCAACUGAAUACCGUAACAAGAUGUUUCGAUGGAUGGGAUGUGUGAUGAAACGGAUGUCAUGGUGCCAUGUGGUAUUAGGAGACGCACAAGUCGAUGAAUUCUGUAUCGUGGUUACUGAUGAUGAUAUCAGUAAUACCAUACGCAAGUCUGAUCUACAUCGUGUAAAUUUAUCACGGAGUUUCACCCAAGAAUUAAAGCCGAGAGUAGAGGCAGCAAAAGAUGAGUUUCAAGCCGAGAUUUUGAAGAUAUGUCAAGAUAUGGAAGUGUAUCCCAACACAAACGGCUACUCUCAACCACCUCGUGUUUCAUUUUGCAACAUUGAAUUUUCAUAA